CAAGUUAUGACAGCGUUGCCAACGUAAGGCAACCCGAAUAAAUAUGAGCCACUGAGGGUUCACAACUGAGAAACAGAAAUGGAUAGUAAUUAGUGAGGUCGCUGCAGUCGCUUUUCUCUCUCACUUCGCACAACAGUGUACGUACCUGAGUAGUGCGAGAUCAGACAGCUAAGGAGGUAGGACGUUAUAAAAUUCAGCGUAGCAUCCGGACAAGUGCCAUACCGUAUUAUUUCGACAGUCUAUGAUUAUAAUUUAUUCGAAACGUCAUCGCGACCCUGGGUAUUUUAUAAAGUAAUCCAGGAAAGAGCUGAAAACGCUAAGAUGUCCCAGUUAAGGGAUGUCGUCGAGCAAAAAGGACCCAAUCAAACCGUGUGCUACGACAGCGAAACGAAUUUGAUUUUAGAUGACCUUUUCAAAGCUGCAAUGCUCCCGAGAGACAGUCAAGUGCAAUUGGGUGGGCCUCCUAUGAGACUUCGAAACCUCCCACGAUCUUUUUUUCAGCCACCAGAAGGAGGAUCAAAAUCUGCUUCUCACAGCAGAGAAUCGAGUUUUGAAGGAACAUUCUCACCUCCGUCUUCCGUUGGGCCAAGUUCGACAGCACCGUCGCCUCGACAGCAAGCAAGUGGUUUAACCGUAAGUCACCGUCAUACACAUUCUUCUCCAGCUACACUGCAGCAAAGCUACAAUCAAAACACUCCCCAAAAUCAACAUUUGAGACAACAGAGUGCUGACAGUACCGAUAGUGUCCCUCUCCCUCCAGGGUGGGAGAUGGCAAAAACGUCAUCAGGACAAAGAUACUUCAUAAAUCAUGAAACAAAAUCAACUACAUGGACAGACCCACGUAAGAACCUCAGUGUUGGAUCCUUGACCAUGCCAAGAAAUACUAAUACUUUGAUGUCUACAUCUGCUCCAAAUCUACCACCUAUAAACCUGGGUCCCCUGCCAGAAGGAUGGGAGCAGGCAUUUACUCCAGAAAGUGAAGUGUAUUUUAUCAAUCAUAAUGACCGUACCACAAGCUGGUUCGAUCCACGAUUAACUCUCAAUCUUGGAAGAUUACCACUAAUGCAUCAUCCUCAUCAUGGUCAACAGCCACCAUCCAUGCCUUCUCUGCAAGAGCAACAAUCACAGGUGCAAGCCAAUUCUUCAGGAACCCAGUCUCUUGCUCAGAACAUUUCAGCAGCUGCUUCCAUAUCAGCAGCAGUUACCACCUUGACAGGAGCAGUGAAUAACCAGUUGAGUCUUCAACAGCAGCAGCAACAACAACAAAAACUAAGGCUCCAGAGACUUCAGAUGGAGCGAGAACGUCUCAGACUCAGGCAGCAAGAAAUACUUAGGCAGCCGACCUCCCUUGGAAAUUCCAUGCUUAAUGAAAUGAUGUUAAGAAGGAAUUUAGUGGAAGAAAAUCCCAUGAUUCCAAAAUCUCCAACUGUAACCACAAUGGACAUGACUCCUAUUUGCACAACAGGUAUAGACCCUCUCCUGGGAAGCUCCAAUCAGCAUGCUCGACAAGGAAGUGAGGACAGUGGACUUGGUCUUGGUACCAGCUAUAGUGUACCUCACACUCCAGAGAAUUUCCUUGGAAGUUUAGAAGAUACGAUGGAUGGUGGAGGAAGUGAUAUCAAUAUAGAAGGACUCCAGAGCACCAAUCUGAACCUGGGCAGUGAAAACAUGGAUUCUGAUGACUUAGUACCCAGUAUACAGUGUACAGUGUACACUCUAGAUACUGAUGAUGCCAGCUCCAUACUGACCAGACGGAACUCCAUUUUAUUGGAGUGACCAGGUGGACACUCGGCCAAACAGGAAGAACUCACAGAAGAAAUCCUCUCAGAUAUGGAGUCACUAUUGACCUCCAAUAAGGACAAUAUACUGACAUGGUUGUAACCUUGGGUAACCCCCAAAAUUGAUUCGUCAAGUGUUUUUCCUCCAUAUUAUCACCUUGUAACUACAAAUGCAUUAUAGUAUUCGUACAAGGUUCAUUCAAAACACAUGUAACAUUUCUACCUAAAAUAGUUAUUAUUAAAAUUUCUUAUAAAAACAAUCCAGUGAUAUAGAUGAAAACUGAAUAAACAUUUAGAUUAAUGUAACCAUUUAUGCAUAGCAACAUGAAAAUGACAUAAGUCAAUAAUCAAGAAAAACAAAACACAUAAUGAUAAAAUCAUUAGUUGGGUUCUUUUGAUUAAUAAUAUUUUUUUGCUAUUCUCAUCACAAUAAUAUUUGUCUAAUUUAGGUUAGCUUAGGUUAGUCAUUAUCCCAGGAACUAAGAUAAAAAUGCAAAAUAAUCUAAAUGUUAAAAAUGUAAUGAAAAAUAAAAGCACUUAAAAUGAUUUCAAACAUUAUAAAUAAUAAUAUUAAUGAAAUUAAUUUUUGGAAAAAUGAGUUGUGUCAUUACUCACAGAAGAUAUUUAUAAACAUUAAUGUAUUUGCAAUAGUGCAUAUCCAGCAAAUGAAAACUGAUCAAAGAUACAAGAAGGGCUAAAAAAUCAUAAACUAGCUUCUUGUAUGGAGAAUUAUACCAAUUUUCUGUUACUGAUUCCUUACAAAAGCAUUUUACUAAGAAUGCACAAAUUACACACACACACACACAGAGGGAUUCCAUAUCCUUUUUUUUUUGUUCAAAGUAAAGUUUUCCAUGAGAGUCAAGAGAAGUAUCCAGUAACUACCAUUAUUUUGCUGUGUGGAUAUGACUAUGUUUGGAAUGCAAAAUAUGGAGAAACAAGUACCAAGGAAAUAACAUCAGCUGGGUAUUAAAAUACCAUUCAUUCAGUGUAACCAAAUGUCACAAUAACCAUUUUAAAUUGGGUGUACUGUUUGUUAAAGUUGUUUACAUAAAACACUUGUUUGUUUUUAAGUCUGAACACUAAAAUUCAUGUUUGCACUUUUAAGAAUAUGUUACGUCUCUGUUUGUUAAUUGAUUUUUCCGUAACUUCGUUCCAACGAAACUUUAAUGA